GUUACACAAAUACAUAAAGGAAGUUUUCGCUAUCGCUUUUUUAUUGUAUUUCAUCAUCAUUUUAUUUCCUAAACCUAUAGCUAGCUAACUAACAAAGUUUCAACCAGUAGUAAAUGUUAAUUCGCCAUCUGAAGAUUUACCAAAUAAUAUUGUUUCAAAGGAGACCUACAAUACACAACCUUAUCUCUCUUCCUCGUGAACUUUACAAUACAAUGUCUAAUGAGGAAAGUUUGAGUGAGAUGAGCAUUAAAGAAGAGGAACAAGUUGUCAACAUUGAGAAUGUCGUAGCUAAAGACAAUAAAGGAAUCGACUAUGAAAAGCUAAUAAAACAAUUUGGCAGCAGUGCUGUUUCGCAAACUCAAAUAGAGAAGAUAGAAAGAUUAACUGGCCAAAAGGCUCAUCGGUUUCUUAGAAGAGGAAUAUUUUUUUCUGAAAGAGACUUAGACUUUAUCAUAUCAAGAGUGGAACAAAAUAAACCGUUUUUCUUAUACACUGGGCGUGGUCCUUCUUCAGAGGCCAUGCAUCUAGGUCAUCUUAUUCCAUUCAUAUUUACAAAAUAUCUACAAGAGGCUUUUAACGUUCCGUUAGUUAUACAACUGACAGACGAUGAAAAGUUUCUCUGGAAAGAGAAUCUCACAGUGGAGGAAGCCAAUCGACUAGCAUACGAGAAUGUGAAAGAUAUUAUAGCUUGUGGUUUUGAUAAAGAAAAAACAUUCAUAUUUUCCGACAUGGAUUACCUCGGAAAAUCGAGUGCGUUCUAUCGAAAUAUCUUACGCAUACAACGAUGUGUUACAUUCAAUCAAGUACGAGGAAUUUUUGGUUUCGGAGAUAGUGAUAAAAUAGGUAAAAUAGCAUUUCCUGCUGUCCAAGCAGCCCCAAGCUUUAGUUCUUCGUUCCCACAUAUUUUUGGAGAGAAAAGUAGCGUGCCGUGUCUGAUACCAUGUGCUAUCGAUCAGGAUCCUUACUUUCGUAUGACACGUGAUGUUGCACCGCGAUUGAACUACUUGAAGCCAGCGUUAAUACAUUCGACAUUCUUUCCAGCUUUGCAGGGGGCUAAAACUAAGAUGAGCAGUAGCGUUUCAACUUCUUCCAUCUUUCUUACUGAUACUCCGAAACAAAUUAAAAAUAAGAUAAACAAACACGCGUUUUCCGGUGGCAAAGAUACGGUGGAAGAACACAGAGAGAAGGGCGGUGACGCCACUGUUGAUAUCUCGUAUCAAUACUUGACAUUUUUUCUCGAAGAUGAUGACAAACUGGAACAAAUCAGAAAGGAUUACACAAGUGGUGAAUUACUGACAGGAGAGCUGAAGAAAGAACUUAUCACGGUGUUACAACCCAUAGUAGCUGCUCAUAUCGAGAGAAGAAAGAAUGUUACUGAGGAUAUAGUAAAAGAAUUCAUGACACCCAGACCUUUAAAUUUUAAUAAAGGAAGUUAAGAGCACCUUUGAUUUUAUUCUUGUACUUAUUUAAACCUUUUUGUGAUCCAACUCCUUUUUUUGGGUAUGAUGUUGAAAAUUUGGAAUUUCUCAAAUAAUUGUUUAAUUUUCGAACUCUGUUUUCGCGAAAAUUCCUGGAAAGGGUAAUUCACGAAUUUUUUUGUUCUUUUCUCUUGUUUUUUCUUCGGAUUUUUUUCCCAUUUUGUAGUUGAUUAAAAUAAUGGCAAACUAAAAGAGAAAAAAAUUAAAUUUCAAAAAAAUAUACCAGUUUCGCCAAAAAAAAGUUUUAUUCGCAAAAAGAAUGCGCGAAAUAUUCCCAUGAUCUGCACAAAAUAUCCUAAUGACUGUUAAAAAUUACUAUAACCUCGCGAAAAUAAAUCCGCGCGCAUAGUGAGUCUCUUUUUUUAGGCUUCACGACUUUUAUAAUAAGAUGUCACUUGUAGUGUGCUUUUAAGUAGUAUUUAUAAAGUAGAUAUAAAUUAAUUUUAUUUAGGUAUUACAAAUUAUCUCGAAAAUAUUUCUGUAUUUCU